GGCACGGCUGUAAAGAGGCAGGGCUGGGAGGCAGAGACAAACGACACAGGUCUGCUCGGCAGAGGAGGAGGACUCAGUUCACAGCCAGCCUGCGGUGGAAAUAAACGCUGCGUGUCCUACUCUACCCGCAGUUUUGUAUCGGUGGCGAGUAGCGUUGAAGAAACAGAAAGGCGCACUGUGAAGACUGCAGCAGCCGCUCAGACGGGGAUAUUUCCACAAGACUGCGCAGAAGAAGAAGACGAUUACUAAGGUCCUGUGACAACUCCUGAUGAUUGCUCAGCCUGACAAUCAAGAGCUGCUGCCCUGAUUGCUGCUCGUCAGGCACAGCUUUUCAUUAAGCAAGAUGUCAACCGCCACAGAAAAUGGGACAGGAGGGAAUCGGAGCUCAGAGAAAACCUACAAGAAGACCACAUCCUCGGCGUUAAAGGGAGCCAUUCAGCUCGGUAUUGGCUAUACAGUGGGAAACCUCACCUCCAAGCCUGACAGAGAUGUUCUUAUGCAAGACUUCUAUGUGGUGGAGAGUGUCUUUCUGCCCAGUGAGGGAAGCAACCUGACUCCAGCACAUCACUAUCCUGACUUCCGCUUCAAGACGUACGCCCCGCUGGCCUUCCGCUACUUCAGAGAUCUGUUCGGCAUCAAGCCAGAUGACUACCUGUACUCCCUGGUAAAUGAGCCUCUGAUUGAGCUGGUCAACCCCGGGGCCAGCGGCUCUCUCUUCUACCUGACCAGCGACGAUGAGUUCAUCAUUAAAACCGUUCAGCACAAGGAGGCCAAGUUUCUCCAGAGGCUGCUACCAGGAUACUACAUGAACUUGAACCAGAAUCCACGCACUUUGCUUCCCAAGUUUUACGGCCUGUACUGCAUCCAGUCUGGAGGCAUCAACAUCCGAUUGGUGGUGAUGAACAAUGUGUUGCCUCGCUCUGUCAAAAUGCACUACAAAUACGACCUGAAGGGAUCCACCUAUAAGAGACGAGCGUCCAGGAAAGAGAGAGAGAAGGCCUGUCCGACCUACAAAGACUUGGACUUUCAAGACAUGCACGAGGAGGGGCUUUACUUUGACGCAGAGACGUACAACAACCUCAUGAAGACUCUGCAGAGAGACUGUCGGGUGCUUGAGAGUUUCAAGAUCAUGGACUACAGUCUUCUGCUGGGCGUGCAUGUCCUGGACCACAGAGAGGGUGGCGAGCAGGGUCAGGCAGGGGGUGAUGGGAGGAGACCCGUGGCUCAGAGGGUGCUUUACUCCACCGCCAUGGAGUCCAUUCAAGGAGACGGCAAGGCUGCUGAAGCCCUCACCACUGAUGACACGAUGGGCGGCAUCCCUGCCCGGACACACAAAGAUGAAAAGCUGCUCAUCUACCUGGGCAUCAUAGAUAUUCUACAGUCAUACAGGUUCAUUAAAAAGUUGGAGCACUCAUGGAAAGCCCUGGUGUACGAUGGUGACUCUGUCUCAGUCCACCGGCCCGGGUUUUACGCCAGCCGCUUCCUGAAGUUCAUGAGCACACGGGUCUUCAGGAAGACUCAGCCAAUUCGAUUCUCCCCUUCAAAGAGGACCCGCACUUCCAUCCCUGCUCUGAAGUCGUGCUCACAGGAGAUCCUUUCAUCGCAGGCGGAUGAGAGGAACGAGGAGGACAGGAGGGACCGGCUGGUAGGAGCACGCAGCCUCGCCAGCCUGGAUGGACAAGCCGUGUUCGGUUCAUAUCUGCGCCCCGACAUUGUCCCAGCCAACCCAUCCUUCUACGAGGGCUCCUCCAUGGGAACUAUCUCCACCUCCUCCAUCUUUGUAAACGUGGAAAACCAAACAGAGGACAGGGAUGACGUCGCAUCCAGCUCCACCUUCACCCUGGAGGACAGUGCCAUCUGCCUUACGUCGGAGCAGAGCACCAUGGACGUGGACAUGGAUCGAGAUGACGGAUCGGUUCUUGACGUCUACCUGUGAAAGGAGCAGCUUUACAAACAUUCAUUUUCUCCUGCCAAGCAUAAGACAAUCGCCACACCCCCAUUGGACAGGCCAUGCUGGCGUUUGACUCACUUUCAGUGCUGCUAGAUCCAUGUUGCCACUUGUCUUUGCCAACACAUCAAAAAAAGUACUGAGAUUCCCACUGGUUGUUGGACUAAAAGUCAAAGUGAAGGAGAUCUGCGAGGAACCAUGCAACAUACCGUGUCACGUGCUGUACAUCAGACUGAGCUUUCAGAACAUGCGUCAACGCCGCGGCACCAUUAGGUUUUAUAUGUGUGUACUGUUUUCAAGGCCUACAAAACAACUGCAGCAUAUUUGAGGAGACGGUAGAUGCAAACCAUUCAUGUGUUUAGAUGUUUUGUUUGGGGUUUUUUUUCCUGCUGUUCAGAAAGACAUGAAGGACACUUUUACGAUUCGCGACUGCUUUAGUUGCUGUUAAAAUGAGAAAUGUUUACACUGAAUUUAUGGUGGCAUCUUUGUCCCCAAUGAGGAGGGACGCCGCGUUGUCACACGAAGGACACAAGUUGGUUUUGUAGCCGCAUCCAACACAUACCAGGAAAGACUCCUAUGAACAGACUUGAUACUGAAGCUGCCGAGGCCAAACCCGGGGUGCGAUCCGGUUUAAGCGGCCUGCAUUUUUUGCCUAACUGUGCCGCCCAGAGAGGAGCGUGAAGCGAGCAAAGACUGUGGCCAGGCCUCGGCUGAAGCACGGAGCAGGAGGACGAGGCACUUUUGACAUGUUAUGAUUUCUGUAAGACAGAUUUCUCCGAAGACACUGCUUUAGGCGGGUGGGCUACCUGACAUAAGCACAGAUGUGUGAACAUGCACUUUUUUUUAAUCUUUAUUAUUCAAAUGCACACUUGUUUUGUCAUUGACACUACAUGUACAAAGACAAUGAAGCAACACUGUAGAUAUUUUUUUUUUCUGUUUGAUGUGGAACUACUAGUUUCGUGAGGUUUGCGUCAUGACUGAAGAUGCUUUUACUCAGGAUAUCCUUUGAUACUGAAUAAGUAUGUCCUCUUUAAGUUCAAGUUCUGAGACACGCAUUCUUACACUCGGAGGCGGUCCAGUACCUCUCCAUCAAAAUCAUAUCCAGCUAUAAAUGUUUGAACUCCACGAUCACGUCAGUUGAGACCAUAAUUUAUUAUGUAAAUCCCAAUAUUUUACCGUUUGCUGAAAAUAUACUUUCAUCGCUGAAUGUAUAGACAAUACGUAUUUAUAUAAAGAAGA